CCUGGCGCGGGAUCCAGCAGAGAAGAGAAAAGAAAAGGCACUCCUGCGCUGUAGUCCUUCACACCAACGGUCUCUUGAAAGAAAAUGAGUUUCAGUGGAAAACUAAAACACAGCCACCAGAAGUCUAAUGAGAAUAUAAAGAGUUUUUUCACAUCUCAAAAGGCAAUGGGACCCCCCAGGCAAACCCUGCAGGUCCUCCAGCCCUCAGCCGUCAACAAAGAUUUGGGAAGGUCAGCUCAGGUGGGAAAGGUUGUUCCCAAACGGAAACAGUGGAGUGCAGAACAGAGAGGUCCAAAGAGGGUGAAGGUAGAAGUCAAAUCCACACAAACAGAAGAAACUCAGUGUUUGACAGAUGGCAUGUCCAAUGAAGCGUAUGAACUAAUGGUUGUAGAAACGCCUCCUUCCACCUACUGGAAAGAGAUAGCCGAGGAGCGUCGGAAGGCCUUGUACAAUGUUCUACAGGAGAACGAGAAGUUGCACAAAGACAUCGAGGCCAAAGAUGAACAGAUAACACAGCUCAAGUGCGAAAAUGAAGAGCUGCAGGAGCUGGCACAGCAUGUACAGUAUAUGGCUGAUAUGAUUGAGAGGCUGACUGGGAAGAGCCCAGACAAUCUGGAACAACUACGGGAGAUUGCUCUUGAUGUGGACGACGAUGAGGAAGAUGAGCAUGAUGAGCAUAAUGUGGAUGUGGAUGUGGAGGAGGAGUGUGAUGACAGUGAAGUGGCAGGUCAGAGUGAGAAAGAAGACUCUGAUUGCAGCCUGAGUGAUCCAGAGGAAGAAGUGACCUCAGACCAUGAACAAGCUGGACCCUCAGGAGAGCAGGAUUGACUUGCACAACUCUUGUAAGUCAUGGGACUCUGACCUGCUUACAGCAGACUCUAGCUGAAGUGUACUUUGGCAGCAGCAAGUGGCCAUCUGUUUGACUGAAUUGGCUUUUCAAAGUAAUCGUUUAUGUACUUCAGACUGCAACAGUUUUGAAAUGCCUGCAAUUUUAUAUUUAAGCUUCGAACAGAUUGGGCUGCUUUUAUUUUUGAUUUUAGCUUUGCUGAACUUCAGUUCAAGUAAAGUGGCGUUCAGUACUAGCCAGUAUAGACCUUUUUCACAGCAGAUAUUUUGACAAGUCACAAUCAAAAAGCACAGGUGCAGCUUAGAAAAUUAGUGAUGGCUGAAUUCCAUUUUGUUUGUUUCAGCAUGUUGGCUCACUGUCCUGGCUCACUGGGACACUUGAGUAGACCGAGCCUUUGCUGAUAAGUCACAGCAUUGAGGAUAAUAUUUGUUGCAUCUUUUGGUUGCUAAUACCAAAGAAAGCAUGCAAGUCUUAGCUGAACUCCUGUGGGGUCCUCCAUCUUGAUGGUCAGUGACAGCCAUGUGACUAACUCCUGUGCUUUUCUUCCUAUGGCAAGUCUAAAUGGGUGCUGUGAAAAACGCCUAUUGAGAUGGGGCCCUAGAGCAUGGCCUAGAAGUGUUGGUUUACACUGUAAAAUGUGCAAUGUUAUGGCGCAGUUCUGUACAUAAAGCCUAUGUAA